UGCGUUUAUUUUUUUCACAAGUAGACAUUAUUCUGUUAAAAUAGGAUCAUAUCGAGAAAUAAGUUUUUUUUUCCGGUGUUAACAAUCAUGACGGCACCUAGGAGGGUAUUGGAUGCUUUUUGAUGGAAUACUUUUAAAUAAAUUAUCAUAUUGCCAACUAAACAGCUGUGUGUUAAUUAUUCAUAAUUCUCUUCGGAUAUUCAUGAAUUCGAACAAAAUGUUGCAAAAAAAGUGAUAAAAGGCAAAACGUUUAACUUUCUUAUGCUAUAAUAACAAAUGGAACAAGAGACAACAUAUGAUUCCAUGACAUCAUCUCAUUACUGUUUUGGUUUAAAAAUGAAAUCACAUGAAAUACAUGAAGGUAAAAGUAAAUCAUUAAGCAGAAAUCCAGUUGGUUCAUCCACUUCAAUAUCUAUACCGAUUGCAUGGCCUAAACGAGUUGGAUCACGGAAGAAAUCAAAUGCGUGUACAAAAUUUGAUGCAAAAACUGAAUGUGAAAUUAAAAAGCAAUCAUUAACAGACAUAACCAAUGAUGAUGCAUGCAGAAAAGAAACAGAUACACAAAAACAACGAUUUCUCCGUUUCUUCAGGAUGGGUUUUACAAAUAAAUCAAAAAAACAGAAGGCAGAAUCACUGAAUAAUGCAAUAUCCCCAUUCGAUGCAAUAAAAAAUGUUUCGGCUAAACAUUCACAUUUCGCCAAGUAUCUUGCUCUCGAAAGUUCAGUUAAUCAGAGCUUGACCUACCUACCAUCAACAGUAAAAAUGAGUUUGCAGUGGCCUGAACAAGAAAAAUCAGAUACAUCUGACCCCGGUGAAACACAUGAUUCAACAAUGUAUAAAAAUGAAUGUGUCAAUCCUGAAGAAAUUAACUACAAGAAUGAUAUUUAUACUGAUGUAAUGAUUCAACCACCUAAAUGUGGACAAAGAAGUUCUAGUGUUACUCCAUCAGAUAGGUUUUCAGAAAUUUCUACUGACAGAAGUAAAGAAUUCUGUUCAGUCAGCGAGAAAGUUUAUCCGCCAACUCCUGUUGCCCAGAAAUCUGAUGUACUUCUUCGUCGUCCAAGAACUCCUACAUUAGGAAGAGCUGCUUUAUUUGUUCGUGCAUCAUAUAUGGGUGUGGAUAAGUCAGGAACACCAUCUAGUUUAUCAUUUUCCAAACAGAAUACAAAACGAGAUACUGUAUUAUCAAAUGAUUCUCAUUUGAGUGAUUUUCCAAAUUUAUCCCGUGUACAGUCAGGAUUUAUAAGUCGAAGUUCAAGUAUAAACUCUGAACUCAGGGAAUUCAAUCAAAAUCCACAACAAAGUUUUAAUCGGCUAUUUGUGAAAAACGACUCAUCACAAACUAAUUUAAAAGUAUUUACAUCAAAUGAACGUCAACAUGAAACAAAAAUUCCGAAAUCUACGCCCAAUAGGCAUAAUUGUCAUGCUUAUGACACUGUUCCGCUAGAUAAACUUGAAUGUCUAAAAUUGAUUCCUUCAGUACAAAUGCUGGGUAAAAGCUCUGAAACAAAUCCACAAUCAUCAGAUUCAGCAUUAAUCAAACCAACUGGUUAUGUUUCAACUACAAUGUCUUCUUUAUAUGGAGGUCAAAAACUGCCAUCUUAUCCUACAGAAUAUAACAUUGAACGAACUGAAACUCAAGCGAUAAAACCUAAUAUUUUUAGUGAUAUGAAACAUUCUGUUGAUUUAUCAAUCACAUCAUCUUCGGAAACUGAACUAUCAAGUUUGAAUUACAAACAACCGAUUAAAAAUGAAUCCAAUGGUACUUUGGAAACUUCUAGUCUCCAGUUUAAUUCACAAACUUCUUUAAAAAAUUGUGGCAUCAUUACAAAUUUACCUAAAUCAGUUGAAAUUCCAAAAGCUUCAGUACAACCUGUAAGACAGAAAUCUGGCAAGACUAUCAUUGGAGCGGAAUUACCAACUUCACCGAAAUCUCGUAGUUCACAAAAAUCAAGCAAUUCAUUUUAUUUUAAAUCAAAUAAAAAUUUAACAAGGAAAUCCCGUCAAUCAAUCAUUAGUAACUUAGAAACUAGUACUGAAUUAUUAUUACCAAAACAUAACUCAACAUAUACUGAACAAUUUCAAAAUGGAAAACUAAUUAUGCAUUCAAUUAACAUUGGAUCAUUUGUAUUACGAAGACGUGCCAAACCGGAGUUGGAAAAUGAACAACACAAAGAUGUAUCACUUCGGAUAUCGAUACAAGAAGUUAAAAAUCUCUCUGCUAAAGGACGAUAUUUUUGUGAAAUAUGUUUGGAUCGUACAUUAUAUGCACGUACUACUAGUAAAUUGUCAGACGGAACUGUUUUCUGGGGUGAACAAUUCGACUUAAAUAAUUUACCUUCAAUAUCUAUUAUGACGAUCAAUCUAUUCAGGCAAGCAACAUCUGUAAAAGACAAACGACAAAAGAAUAAAAAUCAGAAUCAAUUUAUCAGUUAUGUUACUAUUCCAUUAAAUGAUGAUUCAAAACAAUGUGAAAUACAAAAAUGGUUUACAAUGCAACCACCACCACCAGUACAAAUGAAUCCGAAUAUAAAUUAUAUAGAAGGCCUACAUGUUCAUCAUCAACAACAUCAACAAAAACAACAAACCGAUACAAAUCAAACCUCACCGAAAAAUUCAUCAGAUGGUGGGUCUGGAAGAUUUCGUAAACAUUCUACUCCAGCAUCAUGUUUUGGUUAUUCUAAUUCAUUUUCAAUUAUACCUAGUUCACAGUAUACUACUACUACUAAUAAUAAUAAUAAUAAUAGUAAUAAUAAAUUAAAUGAUGACAAUGAACUAAAGCAUAAUUAUAUUGAACAAUCGAAAAAGAAAUCUUCCUGGACUGCUGGUGUUAAUACAGAUGGUAAUUUUCAUAAAACUAAUAAAAUUAAUCCUAAAUUAUCAUCGCCUACAUCAACAACUACUUCACCAAAUCUUUCACCUAAUAGUAAUUCAGUGACAAAUAAUUUUAUUUUACCUGAAAAUUCUUUACCUCAAUUAAGGAUGAAAAUACAUUAUCAAACCAUUGAUAUCCUACCGAUUGUUUGUUAUGAUGAAUUAAAAGAGUUCAUUAAAACAAAAUAUUUAGAUUUAAUAAAAAGCUUGGAAAUUAAAUUAUCAGCUAAACAAAAAGAAGAAUUAGCCAGUUGUUUUGUAAAUAUUUUUGAAAAACUACCAGAUUUAUCUGUGGCAGAAUUUUUAUCAUCAUUACUUCGUGAAGAUUUAAGUAAUAAUGGAAAUGAAUCUAUGAUAUUUCGAGCUAAUUCAACAGGAUCAAAAGCAAUGGAAUGUUAUAUAAAAUUAGUGGGAACCGAUUAUUUACAGUUCAUUCUUGGUCCGAUAAUCGAUCAAUUACUUGUAGUUGGAGAUGAAUUUGAAAUAGAUCCUUCAAGAUUAGGAGCUUCUGGUGAUUCAUCAAACAAUCGAAAUCAAUCAUCUGCAAUACUAGAAAGAAACCGUACUGCUUUACUGAAAUAUGUUACCAUGAUCUGGCAAAGGAUUGAAUCAAGUCAAUGUAAACUACCUAAAGAAUUACGUGAUGUUUUCAUUGCACUUGCAUCGACAAUUGAAGAAUCACACGGAGUUCAAUCGUCUGCACAUUUAAUUUCAAGUUGUUUAUUUCUACGUUUUAUUUGUCCAGCUAUACAUGGUCCAGUGUUAUUUGGUUUAGCUUCAUCUGUACCAGAAAAUAAUCGUAUUUCUAGAAAUUUAACUUUAAUAGCAAAAGUUUUACAAAAUCUAGCUAAUUUAACAUUAUUCGAAGAUAAAGAACAUCAUAUGAAAGUAUUAAAUCCAUUUGUUGAACAAGAAAUUCCAACAAUGUAUCAGUUUCUUCGAUCAAUUUCUUCAAAUACUGACGCCAAUUAUCAUACAGCAAUUAAUUUUGAUUGUCAUGAAUUUAUUGAAUUAGGAUAUGAAUUUGCAAAACUUACUCAAUUACUUAACAAUCAUGUUAGUAAAAUUAAUAUCACACCACAAAUUGCUGAAUUACCAGGUCUUUUACAGAAUAUUACAGAAUCAUUAAAUAGUCAAACCUUCAAAUCAUGGAAUAAUAAAAGUCAGACCAAUUUCGAUAGAACCGCAAAUAGUAGUUCAAAUUUUUUUAGAAGUGGAAUACCAAGACAUCAUAGUUUCGCGAACACUAAUUCUAUUUCAAGCAUUGAUAACCGAAGGCAAUCAGAAACAACUAACAGUACAAAACCACCGCUGACAAACUUACGUGAAGUAGACAGAAAACUAUCACUAUUACCAUCUAAUAAUACCGUAAAAACAUUAUGUAAUCAACAAGAAACUAGUAAUAAUAUUGCUUCAAUUAAUUCAGCUGAUAGUAAUGAAUGUAUUCCAAAUACAAAUCAAGAACAAUUAUGGGAUACAUUUGUUAUUCAAAAAGAAUAUUUACCUUGCAAAUUUAAUUCUGCCGAUAUGAUAUUUCAACAAAUACACAUUAAUAACCUUGAACAACCAGAAAAUAUGGAGGAAUUAUUAAGUCAAUAUCGUGAACAAUUACGUCAAUUAAAUGAUUGUAUUGAUAAAGUUGGACCGAAUUGUUAUUACAGUUCCAAUCCAUCUCAUAUUUUAAAUCAUUCUACACAGUCUGUAGAUAAAAUUCGAAACUCUCCAAAUAAAAUUUCCAAUAAUCAUAAUAACAACAAUAAUCAUAUAAAAAAUAAAAGAUUUGAUAGAAAUUUAUCCAGACAAAUUAUUGAUGAGAAGUUGUAUCGUAAAACAAAACAAAAAGUAUUCAAUUCGAAAUCUGCUAAUUCAGCUCCAAUACCUGUGAAUUAUAUGUUGAAUAAGGCUCAAUGUGCACAUCGAAAUUCAGAUAACGAAUUGAAUAAUCAUUCAUUAAAUAAAAAUAACAACCAUAAUGAUGAUGAUGAAGUUGAUGAUAAUUAUACCAUUGAAUGUGAUAUUAGUCGAACAUUAGUCCCUAUUCGUUCUACAUCUAUUACUGUUGAUCUUUCAAGUACAAGUGAUAGUGAUUAUGAUUAUGACGAUGAUGAUGAGGAUGAUGAUCGAAUCACAGAAUGCACCACUGAGGAUACAAGUGAAUAUACAAAGAAAAUAGCUACAAAGAACAACAGACCAAGAAAAAUUUCCAUAGGACAGAAUCAUUUGUCUGAAUCGCCAAGUUUGGAUCAGUUAGCUGAAAAAUUGCAAGAAUUGAAAAAAAUGCUUCAAUUAGAACGUCAAGAAAUUGAAGAAGUAGUAGCGUCUAAAACAGAAGUGAUCAAACAACAAGAAAAAUCUAUUGAACAAUUAGAAUCGGAACUUGAUCAACUACGUAAAGAGCAUAGACCACUGAAAGUAAAACCACCGAAUGGUAGACACACAAGUAAAUCAACUUCACGUACAGUCAGUCCAACUUCAUCAUUCUCAUCUGAAUAUUAUUCAUCGAAUUUAUCUGAUAUAACUCAAGCUUGUCAAAGUUACAAUAAUCCUUUCAAUCAUAAUGAUAUGCAUAAUAACAAUAAUAAUAAUAAUAAUAGUAAUACUAGUAAUAAUAAUCACUUUUGGGAUUCAUCAGUUUCAAAUUACCACAAUAAUCAAGGUUUAAAUAAUCUUAAUCGUGGUGAACUAAUCAAUGCAGAGAAUUAUCGUACUCAAAGUUUUCGAGAGAAAUUAUUAUGGAGAGGACAAGUAGGUCGAUGUGAACCACAAGUUAUAUGUGAUUCCAACCUACUUUAUUUAUCAAAAGCUAGUGAAGGCACAGGAAUUCCAUUAGGACAUUUAAUUGAAGCAAAUCGUUCAGUGCAUAUUGGACGUCGUGUCUCAGAAACAAAACUCUCACCGCAUUAACAUCAUAUUCCAGUGGUAAUAUUUUAUUAUCCAAAAUGUUUUAAUUUUAAAAAUCGACUCUUCUGAAAAAAAAGGUAUUAUUAAUUAUCUUUUCUUAGUGCAAUCAUAACUUCUCAUUAACUUAAACUGUUGAUGAUUUCAUUUCGUCCUUGAGAUAUACAACAUAUAAACUGAACCUAUAUUGAUUGAAUUAAAUACAAGAAUUGAAUUAUUCAUAGAUAAACAUAUUCAUUGCAUACUAGAUUAUGUAUGUAUCAUUAGCAACUCUGUGAAUAACUCGUGUAUACACAAAAUCCCAGUGAUUCAAGUCAAAAACGAUAACCAACGAAAAUUCAAAUAAUUCGCAUUUUUUUUGUCAACUAGUUUUCUUUUUUCCUCUCUCUUUUUAAUCUUUCUGAAUGGUAAAACAACUGAAAAAAAAAAUAAAAUAAAAUCAAUACAGAUUAGAAAAAAAAAGUUGAAAUGCACAAAAG